AUGGGGGUGAGAGGGGUGGAGGAAUGGGGGCCUCCGGGUCUCAAGGGAGAAGCGGCACCUCCUCCUCCUGGGGAAGCGUGGGAGGAAGGGGGUGCAUGCACGGCCGCAGCACCGUGCGGGGAAGAGCGCCAAGGCAUGGCGGCCAGGCGGCCAAGGGCAGGCCCGGGCAAGGUCUGGCCGGAGGAGAGGAACGGGCUGGCCACGCCGAGGAGAGGGGGCGGAGGGCCGUCCUGGCGGGGGGCGGCGGAGGGCGAGGUGCCCCCGGACGGCGGGAGCGGAAGAGCUUGGUUGUGUCCAGAGGAAGCGGCCAAACAGGAGAAUGGCAUCGCGAAUGGGGGCUUCUACAAAAGACAGUUUAAUGACUCCUUCGAGCAAGCACCAAUGUACAUUAGCGUCCUCACAUAUGUGGGCUUUGCAGUAGCGACGAUAUUCGGCUACCUGCGUGACUUCUUGAGAGGCUGCGGACUGCAAAAAUGUAUCUUCGCCACAGAAAGAGAAGAACAGAAAGAUUUUGUACCACUCUAUCAAGAUUUUGAAAACUUUUAUAAACGAAACCUCUAUGUGAGAAUAAGAGACAACUGGAACCGCCCGAUCUGCAGCGCUCCCGGACCACAGUUUGACCUGAUGGAACGUGUGUCAGAUGACUACAACUGGACAUUCAGGUUAACCGGAAGGACUCUCAAGAACAUAAUCAACAUGGGCUCCUAUAACUACCUCGGCUUUGCAGAAACUGAGCCUAGUAGUAUAAAAACUGUGAGCGUUGUGUUAAGUCAAUAUGGAGCAGGGGUCUGCAGCGCAAGACAGGAGAUGGGCAACCUGGAUAAACACGUGGAGCUUGAAAACGUGGUGGCGCGGUUCCUGGGUGUCGAAGCUGCUAUGGCUUUCGGCAUGGGCUUUGCUACGAAUUCUAUGAAUAUUCCGGCGUUGGUUGGAAAGGGAUGUCUUAUUUUAAGUGAUGAGUUGAACCACACUUCUCUUGUUCUGGGCGCCAGGCUCUCAGGUGCGACGAUCAGGGUCUUCAAGCACAACAAUCCUCAAAAUUUAGAGAAGCUGUUGAAGGAAGCUGUGAUACACGGACAGCCCAGGAACCGGAGAGCGUGGAAAAAAAUCCUCAUUCUAGUUGAGGGCAUUUACAGCAUGGAAGGCUCCAUUGUACGCUUGCCAGAGAUAGUCGCCUUGAAGAGAAAAUACAAAGCCUACCUCUACUUGGACGAAGCCCACAGCAUUGGUGCCGUCGGCCCGUCAGGCAGGGGAGUUGUGGAAUACUUUGGAAUGAACCCCGAUGAUGUUGACGUGCUGAUGGGAACGUUCACAAAAAGCUUUGGCGCAGCCGGAGGCUACAUCGCCGGCAGAAAGGAACUAGUGGACUACAUACGGACGCACUCCCACAGCGCGACAUACGCCACGUCCAUGUGUCCGCCCGUAGCAGAACAAAUCAUAAGAGCCAUGAAAUGCGUCAUGGGAGUGGACGGCACCACACAAGGGCUUCAGAGGGUCCAGCGGCUAGGAGAAAACACAAGGUACUUCAGAAGAAGAUUGCAUGAGCUAGGCUUCAUAAUUUAUGGCAACGAAGACUCACCCGUUGUCCCUCUCCUCGUGUAUCUACCUGGUAAAAUUGGGGCUUUUUCAAGACGCAUGUUAGCAAAAAAUAUUGGGGUGGUUGUAGUUGGCUUCCCAGCAACCCCACUCGGAGAAUCCAGGGCUCGGUUUUGUGUGUCAGCAGCUCAUACUCGAGAGAUGUUAGACAAGGUUCUCCACGCUCUGGAUGAACUGGGCGACUUUUUGGAUCUGAAAUAUUCCCGGCAUCCCAGGCCAUCUCGUCCUCAACCGUAUGAUGAAACAAGCUUUGAACUUGAAGAUUAAAGCUCCUGUCCCAUGAAGAAAACUUGUUACCAGGGGAAACCUAAACAAU